UAAAGUUAAACAGUUGCAAGAUGUCUCUCAAUCUUAUUAGCUUCUUGGCACUUGGGAGCAUCGUCUGUGCAAACGCCGCUAGUGAUGCCCCUGGUGCCCAGGACUCCGAACUAGGCUGGUUUCCAUACGUGGUGUCCCUCAGGAUAAAUAAUGGACAUUUGUGCACUGGUAGUAUCGUUGACAAUAUGCACAUCCUCACUGCCGCGCACUGUCUGUACUCGCACCUGAAUAGUCCGAACGACGUGGUCGUAGUUACUUCGACCAUCCUCCUUGAUCAGGGGGGUGAAUCGCAUCGUAUAGCUGCCAUGUUCGUACCCGAGGGAUAUCCUGCCGAUCCUGCCCAAGAUAUAGGCGUAGUAAAGCUUCUCGAUAGGAUUGAUGACGGCCCGUUCCAACGUUCUAUUCCAAUUAGCGAUCUGAGGCCACCAGGGGAUCAGUACGCUCUGAUGGCCGGAUGGGGUGAAAUUCCUACUCCAAUACCCCAUAUGUCUAAUUCACAGCAGUAUUUGUACGUUUGGAUGAUCCAGACCAGCAAAUGUCAAGAAUACUAUGAUAUGAUUACUACUCAAAUCUGUUCGUCGACAGAACAGAACAUUGGUGUUUGUCCGGGUUACAGCGGUAGUCCACUGGUUUACGAGGAUAAAGUCGUUGGUGUCGCGUCUCGUGGAUUUUGCGCGAUAGGUAAACCGGAUAUCUUUAUAAGCGUCCACGACAAUAUGGAUUUCGUUUUCCAUGCAUUGCAACAAUAACAUCAUUCAUCGAUGGUUUAUCCACGGUUUUGUAACUAUCAAUGAAUGAAAUUUAUAAUUGCAUUUGUUUCCUAUCAUUUGAAAUGUGCUUAUUCUUGUUCAAGUAAUAAAUUUGAAGU